CCGAGAGCCGAGAAGCGUUUCACGUGGCGCGCGCGCUGCGCGAUCUGGCGACGCCAACGCCGAGACCGUUUCGGGACGUGUUUCCACCGAAACUCCGCGAAAAGGUGCGGACCGAUACAUGGUCCGAUCGUGGAACCGUUCUCGUUAAAGAAGGGUCAAGGGUGUAUCUGGAAACACCUGGGAUUAUCAGCUGAGCAGACAGGAUGUCAUAGCAAUUGACAAUCGCUUCCACUCUUUACGAGCAUGCCUGAAUCACUGGACGUUCAGAUCGACAGACUCUCAGUCGAGAGCUACGAAUCGGGGUUCGCCAUCGGUCACGCAUCUCCCCGUCUGUCUUGGAGAUUCAAAGGCGACACUCGGGACUGGAAGCAAGCUUCGUACGAUAUCGUCGUCGAGCGCGGAGGUCACAAGCACGAAUCUUCAGUCACAUCGGAUCAAUCGAGGCUGGUUCAAUGGCCGGUCGAGCCUUUGAAGGCGCGAGAGAGAGCCAAGGUGGCUGUCAGAGCUAAAGGUCGCGAUGGCUCGACUACGGAGUGGGCGAGUCUCGACUUGGAAACUGCGCUCCUGUCCUCCCAAGAUUGGAAGGCUGUUCCCGUCACGGGCGAGAAACAAUCAGUCUCGGAGACCAAGCAGCCUUUCCAGGUGCGCAAGACGUUUGACCUCAGGGCAAAGCCGUCUCGAGCGAGACUCUACGUCACCUCGCUCGGACUGUACGACGCGACCAUCAACGGCAAGCGCGUCGGAGAUCAUGUCCUCGGUCCAGGCUGGCAGAGCUACAGACAUCAUCUGAACUUUCAGACGUUUGACGUCAGCGAUCUGCUCCAGGUGGGCGAGAACGUCAUCGCAUCUUACGUCGGCUCCGGAUGGUACAGCGGUCGUCUAGGUUGGCGGGAAGGUCACCGCAACGUCUAUGGCCAGCGGAACGCCUUGAUGGCGCAACUCGAGGGAGACGAUGGUGAAUUGAUCGUCGCGACCGAUUCCUCUUGGGAAUGGUCAUACGGCAACAUCCUCGCCGCCGAAUUAUACGACGGAGAGACCUUCGACUCACGACCCGUCAAGGAGACUUGGUUCCCCGUCGAUGUCCUGGAAAAGCCUUCAGCUGAACUCAUCAGCACGGAAUCGCCCCCUGUCCGUCGUAUACAGGAGAUCGUACCCAAGAAGAUUAUCAAGACCCCCUCAGGGAGACUCAUCCUCGAUCUCGGCCAGAACAUGGUCGGUUGGAUGCGGUUCAAUAAACAACCCCCAGGUCCAGACGGUUCGGAGGUCGUACUGAGCCACGCCGAAGUUCUUGAACAUGGUGAAUUGGGGACUCGACCUUUGAGAGCGGCCAAAGCUCAGGACAAGGUCAUCCUCGGUGGCGAUCUGAUCGGAUACGAACCUCGGUUCACGUUUCACGGAUUUCGUUAUGUUCAGGUAGACGGUUGGUUGGAGGCCGACCUUGACCUGGAAUGCCUGACGGGAGUGGUGAUCCAUACCGACAUGGAACGUCUUGGAGACUUUGCUUGCUCGCACCCUAUGGUCGAGCAGCUGUACUCGAAUGUAAAUUGGAGCAUGAAGGGGAACUUUGUCUCGAUUCCAUCCGAUUGCCCCCAACGGGAUGAGAGACUCGGUUGGACAGGGGAUAUUCAGGUCUUUACGCCGACCGCGGCGUAUAUGUACGAUGUCGCCGGCAUCCUACAGGGUUGGCUCAAGGACGUACGCGCUGAGCAAUUGAAGCACUACAACGGAGUCGUUCCCUGGGUCGUACCGAACAUUCUACCAGUCGCGCCCUUGCCCUUUGCGAUCUGGGCGGACGUCUCGAUCUUGACCCCCUUGGACCUCUACCGCGCCUACGGAGACCCAUCGAUCUUGAGUGUCUCGCUUGAGAGCAUGAAGGUAUGGUUGGAAAAGGGUAUCCUCAGAGACGAGAAGACGGGCUUGUGGAGCCGAGAGUCGCCCCAACUGGGCGAUUGGUUGGAUCCUAAGGCCUCGCCUCAUUCGCCUGCUAUGGGAGAUACCGAUACCCAUCUCGUAGCCGACGCAUACCUCGUCAAGGUGACCGAAGCUAUGGCGGAAGUGAGCCGUGUCAUCGGCAACGAAUCAGACGUCGAUCGCUACCUGGCCGACCACAAACGAUUGAGGCAGGCGUUCCAGCAGGAAUACCUGACGCGGAACGGUCGCCUCUUGAGCGAUUCGCCAUGCGCUAUCGUACUAGCUCUCCGAUUCAACCUUAUAGACGAUCAAGAAUACAUUGCCAGUUUCAAGAAGCGUCUGGAAUGGCACCUCCGUAAAGACGUGUUCCGUGUCGCCACCGGCUUCGCCGGGACCCCGAUCAUCUUGGAUACCUUGGCGGAGAACGACAUGCUCCAUUUCGCCUAUCGUAUGCUUCAAGAAAAGGCCUGUCCGAGCUGGUUAUACCCGGUCAGCAUGGGCGCUACCACGAUCUGGGAGCGCUGGGAUUCCAUGCUUCCCGAUGGCAGCAUCAACCCCGGUCAGAUGACGUCUUUCAAUCACUACGCAUUGGGCAGCGUGGCAAACUUCCUUCAUACGGUCGUCGGCGGCCUGUCUUCCCUCGAAGCCGGAUGGAAACGCGCUCUGAUCGCUCCCAAACCCGGUGGCACCAUCACGCACGCCGAGACGUCCCAUAUGAGCCCUUAUGGGCUUUAUGAAUCGUCCUGGAAGAUCGAUCAAGGGAAACUCAAGCUUAAAGCCAGGGUGCCUCCCAACGCCUCAGCCCAAAUUGAGCUGCCAGGGCUUUCGGAAACGAUCGGAAGCGGUGUCUACGAGUUCGAGGUGGACUGGGUUCCCGACGAGCGUUGGCCGCCCAAAGGUAUUCAGUUGCCAUGCACCCAACCUAUGAUCGAUCGAUAUGUAUAAGCCGCUCGACGAUAUCACGAAGUACGCAAAACAAUAUGAAACCGCUUGCGAAAUUCUGAAA